AUGGAUACCGAACUGUCCAAUAUGUCGUUAAAAAAGUUGGAAAAUGCGGCCAGGAAGGCUUUUGAUGCCAUGGUAGAGGAGAUGGCGGCGGAACUCCAACGAAAAGAAGAUGAGAUGUUCCGUUCGGAAAUAAGACGGAAUGAGUUGGAAGCGGAAGGGCUGGCAAAGGAUAAGCAAAUCGCAGAGUUAACGAAGAAAAUUGCUGAAAUGGAAGGAACGAUUGACGAUUGCAACGGUCGAGUGAAAACGAUGGAAAAGAAAAUGAAGCAGAAGACGGGUUAUUUGAAGCAGCAGAUCAAGAAGUUCAAUGAUUAUCGGGCCAGAAUCGUACGUAUCAAACAUUUUGCAAGCACUACUUAA